AUGGACAGCAACAUUCGCCAUUCCCACGAAGAUUCGGUAACCAUGCCUCUGCAGGGCAAACGCAUCUUGGUGACGCGGGCGCAGGCGCAGGCGCACGAUCUUGAAGCGCGCCUCCAGGCAUUGGGGGCAGUGCCGCUGUCAUUUCCAACCAUUCACAUCACCCCACCGAGAGACGGGUACGCGGCGCUGGACGCAGCCCUGCGCGAGUUGGCGACGUUCGACUGGGUCGUGUUUACCAGUGUCAACGGCCGGUUCGUUGCCGAGGCGCUGCUGGAGGUGAUGCCAGACCCGGCCGGCAAGCGCUUCCUGUUGCCGCGCGCGGCCCUGGCCCGUGACACGCUGCGCAUCGGCUUGCAACGCGCCGGCGCCCAGGUGGUCGAGGUAUCCGCCUACGAUACCAUCCUGCCCGAACCUUCCUCCGAAACCCUCGCCGAAAUUGAGGCCGGCGUCGACGUUCUCACCUUCACGGCGAGUAGCACGGUUCGCAACUUCGUUGCCCAACUGGGCCAAGCCCGCGCCCGUUCGCUGGCAGAUCGGGCACAGGUUGCCGUCAUCGGCCCGAUAACGGCUGAGACCGCCCGCAACUUGGGGCUACGCGUCGACGUGGAGGCUUCCGAAUACACGAUUGGCGGCUUGGUCGCGGCUCUGGUAGACGCUUACGGACCGCGUUAG